AUGACACUUAAAUAUCUCAUUACAGGAGCGACGGGAGGCCUCGGUGCCGGGGUCCUAUCCUACCUUGCUGCAAAUGUCCCGGCAUCAGAAUAUGCCGCAGCGUCCUCGAAAGAGGAGAAUCGCAAGCAGUUCGAAGACCGAGGAAUCGCAUUCCGACUAGCGAGCUAUGACGACCCUCAGACACUAGAGACCGCAUUUAAAGACGUGGAAAACAUCUUCUUCGUUAGCACGAAUACCUUUGACACCGAGAAGCGGCGCAAGCAACACGAAAACUUUAUACUUGCAGCGAAGAAGAUGAACGUGAAACACCUAUGGUAUACAUCUCUUGCAUUCGGCGGAUACACUUCCGACUCCAAAGCAGCGGUCCAGCAAGGCCAUCUGAUGACAGAGGAGAUGAUGAAAGAAGCCGGUAUCAACUUUACCUCCAUCCGUGAGGGUCUUUACACAGACGCCUUCCCGGUCUUCAUGGGCUGGUAUCCAAGCACAUCGACCGUCUACCUCCCCUCCGACGGACCAAUCGCCUUUACACUGCGAUCGGAGCUAGGCGAGGCGAAUGCGCGACUGAUGAUCCGGGGCGGAUACGAUCGAGAGACUGUGCUGCUUACAGCCCAGCAGACCAUCACAUUCUCUGAGAUCGUGGAUCUGAUCAACGAGACGACCGGCCGAAAUGUUCAGUUCGAGCUUGUCUCGCCGGAGGAGUUUGUGCGGUUGAAGAAGGCUGGCGACGAGGGCGGGAAGGGCGAAGGAUUCUUCCAGGCACUGCUGUCGUGGUACGAGGGUAUUUCAAAGGGGGAGACGUGCACGAUUGACCCGCUCAUGGCGGACUUGCUGGGCCGGCAACCCGUGCCACCGCGUGAGGCUAUUCGGGCUUUCUUGACGGAGAAUCGGGACUAUGAAUGGCAUCAGAACUAUGUUAAUCGCCGUUAG